AUGUCGAGAAUAGACGAUGACGAGAGAAGACUAUAUCAAUGUGCAAGGAAGUACGAGCAGAUUGUAAAUCAAGGUUCCAAAGCAAGUAAGGACUCUGCUGCGCAUCUUCCUUCUUAUGAAGCUGCGGGCAACGACGGUGAAGUGUUCGUGGAGUCCAUAACCAAGUUUCUCCAUGAAUUCAGCGCGGAAUCUGCAGCAGAAACAGACUCCUCAUCCAGCGCUAGCUUGCUCUAA